AUGUCACAGUCGGAACCCCCGCGUAUUCAGAAAGAGCUGCCCACGGCGCUUCCGCGACCCGAGGGCAAGCCGUGGGUCCAUGACCCGUCGCGGUCUGCAUUCCUCCCACCGGCCUGUGCGACACUUCCCGUGCCGCUGACGCUCCUGAACGAGACGCUCGAAAUAGCGCGCGACUACCGCGAGUUUGUCGACACCGUCGGUCGCCUUGAGCUCGAGUACGGGCGUGCCCUGCAGGCCGCAGUCAAGAAGUUUGAAGCCCGCCUCGAUAUCGUGAACACUCCUCCCCUCGGCGCUCGCAAGCCACCACCCACAACACUGACUGCCGCUAUGCGGGCCCACCUUGCCGAGAUGACGACGGUUGCCAACCUCUUCGUGAAGCGUCAGGACACGCUGGCCAGCCAUCUUGGCAAGCCGUUGAUGAGUCUCGAGAGGCGCGGAGGGGAGAGCACCCGCCGCCUCGGAGCAUGGAACAAGGACAUUCGCGGGCGCUGGGAGGAGGGCCGACAGCGCGUUGACAACGCGCGCGCCAAGUACGAGACGGCUGUGCGCGAGCACCACACGGCCGAAGUCAAGCUACGGCAAUGCACACCGCCGGAGCUCAGCAGCAGCCCUCAGGUCGGUUCAGAGUGGCUCAAGAACGAGAAAGUCGUUGCCGAGCUCGACCGAACCCGCUCGGACAGGAAGAAGGCGUACCUCGUCGCACUGGCCGGCGAGGGCGCUGCGGGUGGUGGUGGUCGAGACGUUGCUGAAGGAGGUGCACUUGGAGGCUGGGGGGAAGAGGCGCGCCAGCUGUAUGGCCACCUUCAGAACUCGAUGCUCGAGCUUCUCAGACACCAUGUCGAGGAAGAUCGCGCACACUACUCUCUCCUUGGCAACGUCAUCUCUCGCCUCGAAGGGACUUACGCGGCUGUCGACUUGGUCAGGGACCAGGACAGCUUCCUGGAGUGGAACACGACCAGUGCCCGCAGCGAGGAGGAGCAGGCCAUCUCGCAAGCGUCGACACCCGGCCUGUCUGAGUCGUCGAGCACCACAGAGCCGCCAUCUGUCGACUUGUCCCACCCGUCCCUCCAGUGCUACACCUUCGUGGCUCCAGCCAGUGCACAGUCUGAGGAGGCCGUGCUCGACUCUGCCGCGGCCGAAGACCGCAAGUGGCUCGUGAACCGGUGGCUCACAGCGUCGAACGAGCUCAACACCUUGACAGACGGGUUUAGCAAGGGUCCGGUAGUCGUAAAGCGCGAGGAACUGGCGAGAGUGCGACGGAAAUGUCUCGAGUUUGGCGCGAACCGCGGCAUUGGCGACCCUGAUGAGAUGUGGGAGCGGCGCAUGAAUGUGCUCCGCGACCUGGGCGGCGUCGAGCGCCGCGUCGUGGUCACCAGAGCCGAGAUGGCGUGCCUCGAAGCCGUGCUCGGACCAAACCCCCGCCCGGAGAUGACACACGACUUCAAGGAGCGGCAGUUCGCCACACCAUUGCACUGUGACGCGUGUGGCGACAAGGUCUGGAGUCCGAUCAAGAGUGAGCUCUCCUGCCGCCACUGCGGGAUCGCAUUACACAAGGCCUGUGGGCUGCACGUCGAGCCCGAAUGCACGGGGUUAAAGAGCCGGCGGCGGGUCAUGCAUGGUGGCCGCAUUCGGCGCUCGCUUACCUCUGGCGCGCUGAGGCUCCGCCGCUCGACGCUGUACGACGCCCCGCACGGGGCGCCUGUAGCGGUGCGCACGGCGACACCUGCAGGACAGCCUGUGGAACCGCUGCGCGACGACGAGUUGAUAAUCUCACCCUUCUUCGGUGUGGACGGAGAGGCUGACCGCGCGGCGAUCGCAGAGGCGUUAGUGCCAGAGCCCGUGUUCCAGCUCGCGCGCGUGCGCUCAACGUAUCCAUCCGGAGGGACACUGGAGCUCGGGCUGAGCGAGGGCGAGAUCGUGCGCGUCCUCGAGCCAGACCUCGACGGCAACGGGUGGGCCAAGGUCCGCCGUGUCUUCGACGCCAACCAGGAACAGGAGGGUCUCGUACCCGUCUACAUCCUCGGGCUGGUUGGGAGCUCGACCGCUCCUGUUGACGGCGGGUGUGGCAUGUUCGUCAGCGCAACAUUCACCUUCCCACCACCUGACCACCGGCUCGGGCCGGGCGAGAUCGAGAUCACCAAGGGCUCGAUGUACGAGCUCACGCGCGAGGGCAUGGCGUUUGACAAACUGUGGUGCGAGCUGCUUGUGCCAGCCCCGGACGGGGGACGGGUCAAGGGCGUUGUUCCCAAGACGUAUGUUUCUGUGCUCUAG